AUGAAGCAAAGUGUUGACUGUCUUCUGGAGUGGGUGGCCCCAGGGGGCAGUCAAACAAGAUCCCCACCCAAAAAGGCCAUGAUCUGCAUUUUGGGGGACUGGGUGGGCAUUUUGCAUUGGGAAAUGCUUGAAAAGAACGCCACGGUCAACAAAGAGCUCUACGCUUCCCAGCUACACCCUUUGCCAAACAACAAGCAACCCUUAUAAAACAAAGCAGUAAAAAACUCUAUGAACUUAGCCCCCAACCUUAUAUAUAGAAUACUGCUUGUUGUGGCUGUAUAAUUCACGCACCGGAAGGCGACGCAAGUUUUCUGUCGGGUUUGAAUCCAGGGAAUAUGCGAGCGAGUCCAUGGUGGCAAUGCCUUGCGGUUAAAGGAACUGGAAUGCUAUGAUGGACGUGGGCAUUAUCCAGCCGAAAAUGUUGCCUGGUUGCCAGUAUCACGUGUUCACCUUACAACCUUGGUACUCAAGGAUAUUCAUUUGAGUUACUGUGGCCGCCAACUGAAGGCCUACGGCUCCUGCGAAGGCGCCCCAAGUUAUCAACGAGCCACCUCCAUAAUUACGGCAUGA